GGGGGGGCGCGCGCCCGCCAUGCUGAUCACGCUGUGCUACCUCUACCUAUGGGCGCGCUGGGGGCCUUGCUCGGCCGCGCUCAUCCGGCGCACCGUGCGGCGCCUGCACCGCUCCCGCUGCUCCUUCACCUUCUGCUGCCGCUGCUGCCGCCGCGCCGCGCCGCCCGACGAGCGCGUGUGCCUCAGGCUGGGGAACAAAGUCUUCUUCACGGACGAGGCGCAGCUCCUUGAUGAUUUAAACAGAUGGAGUCUACUUCUCAUUUCUCCUUUUAUUUAUCCUGAUAAAUUACUGGAAGCAGAACAUAUAGCUUUUGUGACAGAAAGCAUUUCAGCUCAGACAGAUAACUUGCAGAAAGUACCUGUCUCUUCAAAAGAGGUUGUGAAGUGGUCGGACUAUUGUUCACCAUUGGCCUAUAAACCUGGGGAACCUUAUAAAUUAAUUGCUGAAGCAAGUGUAGAUAAUUUCAGUAACCUUGGAAUAGCAUUCAUGGAAGACAGGCUUCAAAUGGAUAAUGGAAUGGUGCCACACAAGAUUGUUUCUGUCCAUUUACAGGAAUCUACUCUGAAGGAGUUGACGCAGGUGGCACCAUCUGUAAAUGAGAUGAGUAGAAACAGUACACAGAUGAAUGAAGCAACUCCUACUGCUACUCUUGGGACUACUGCUAAAUCAAAGUUAGGAGUAGUUGAGUCUGUAGGACAAGGUGAUCCAGAGGCAGAAGAGAAAUCCAAGCUAGAGAAAGAAAACGAGUAUGAAGAUGAAUCCAACAGACUAUCUGACAAAGAGACAGGCUUUGGAGAGCAUCAUCACUUGCAUCUUUCCAGCUGUCAUGAAUGUCUGCAACUUGAAAACAGCACUAUUGAAUCUGUCAGAUUUGCCUCUGCGGAAGACAUUCCAGAACUUUCUGACCAUUGCAAUAGCAAACUGGAAGAGAAUGGUGGUGAUUGUCUGGCAACAGGAAUGAAGAGAGUAAACCUUGCUGGAAAGCCCCCUAAUGUGUUGAUUUAUGUUGGUUCUGAAACUGCAAAAGUGGAAUUUGACCAAGUAAAAUCAAUCCUCCUGGAAUGCAUCGAUGCAGACAACUACACCAUCUACCAGCUGCAUGAGGAACAAGUUCUGAAAGCUCCAUGGAUUGAUAAUGCACUGCUGUUGAUCAUUGCCACAGAGGAGCCUAUUUCUGACAAGAACCAAGAACAAUUUAUGAAGUUUUUAUCUAAGGGUGGAAAGAUUCUAGGGUUUUCUUCCUCGUUUACAUUUGGUGGUAUACAAAUAAAGAGAAUAGACGAACUGAAGAAGACCAUUCAUGAAUUAGUUGUCUCUAAAACUGACAGCACUGAGGUUAAGUUAAAUCUUUUGAUCAGUGGCUGUAUUUUUGAAGAAGUAAGGAAGGAAUGUAACAGCAAAGUGAAGCCAUUGAGUCAUUUAAAUAAUGCCGAUAAAGAUGUAGUUAUUGUUCAUCUGCUUUAUGGAGACAAUGGAGGAGAAGCCAUCCUUUCUCAGGUGCACUUGGAACUGGAUAUCAAUUCUGUGGAUUUCCAAACUGAACAGGAUUUUAAUUUGCUUAAGAUGAGCAAUACCAAGAGAUGUGAAGUUCUCAAGGAGAUCCUGGUAUCACUUGGCCUGAGUUGUGAAUUAAGUGAAAUUCCUCCUUUAACGCCUAUUUACCUUCUCUCUUCUGAUGAGGAAAUCCAUUUUACAUUCCUGAAAUGGCUUGAGGAAAAUGUAAAUGCUGAAGGAUUAAUAGAAUCCAGCAAAGUGUCUCUCAAAUUUGUUUCAUCUUGUGAAUCAAAAAUGGAGACAACUCCGUCUCUGAUGUCAGUUGUCACUGAGAUGGGAAACUUCUCAUCUGAACAUUUCAGCCUGGAGAUGUAUCAACAGAAUCUGCAAACAAAGAAGCUUGGAAAGAUUCUUCUCUUUACUGAAGUUACCACCACAACAAUGAAUCUUCUAGAUGGGUUAAUGUUCAAGUUGCCUGAGGAGAUGGGUUUAAUAGCAAUUGCUGUUCGACAAACACAAGGGAAAGGUCGUGGUGGAAAUGUUUGGCUCAGUCCCAUGGGUUGUGCACUAUCCACUUUACAUAUCACAGUUCCUCUACAUUCCAACCUGGGCCAGAGAAUUCCUUUCAUUCAACACCUAGUGUCCUUGGCAAUGGUAGAGUCAGUUAGAUCAAUACCAGGAUAUGAGGACAUUGAACUGCGAGUAAAAUGGCCAAAUGAUAUUUAUUACAGUGAUCUUAUGAAGCUUGGUGGAGUUCUGGUAACCUCUACACUUAUUGAAACAACAUUUCAUAUACUUAUUGGCUUUGGAUUUAAUGUGAAUAACAGCAACCCCACCAUCUGCAUCAAUGACCUCAUCACAAAAUUUAAUAAGGAAGAGGGGACAAAACUGAAGCCUUUAACUGCAGAUUGCCUUAUUGCAAGAACUGUAACUGUGCUAGAGAGGCUUAUAGAUAUUUUUCAGGAGAAAGGGCCCAAUGGAGUUCUUCCCCGUUACUACAAGUACUGGAUACACAGUGGUAAGCAAGUCCAUCUCUACAAUGAGGAGGGCCCAAUUGCAUGGAUAGUUGGGAUAGAUGAUUAUGGAUUCCUUCAAGUUCAUGAAGAAGGCAAAGGUGUAGAGUCUGUGCAUCCAGACGGCAACUCUUUUGACAUGCUGAGAAACCUCAUAAUUCCAAAGCAUUAAUAGUCCUCAGAGCUCACAACGCAAAAGGAGGCUCUUUACUAUUCAACACCAAGCAGCUAAACUUGCUUAAAGGUGGGAGGGUGGUUGGUGGCGUUUUUUUUUUGUUUGUUUGUUUUGUUUUUUUUUCUUCCAAUUUCUAAUCUCUUUGUUCUUUGAGAUGGAUAACUUCAAGAGUUUAAGAAGAAGGAAUUAUCUUUUGCUAAAGUUCUCUAUUCUGUUGCAUUAACUUAAAAACACAUCUAUGUUGCCAUUCUUUAUAAGCACCUAUUCUUUAAAAGGAUUUCAAAUAAGUACUUUGUAAUGAACAGAACUUUUUCUUCGAUUACGCACUGUAUUUGGCAAAAUGUUUUGUUUUCAGAAGGGGUGUUUUCGUUGUGCUUAGCGCAAUACAGUACAAGAUGUACAUAUUUACCAUGUUUUUAUUAACUAGAUUCAGGUUUUUUUGUUGUUGUCUGCAGUGGAAUCAUCUAGAACAGCUCAUUGUAUAUUUCUGAAUUAGUGGGCUUACCGCUGUGCUUAGCUUCAGGUCUAAGUAGAACCUUGCUGACUUGGUUCUUCUCCAUAUGGACCUGUACAACAGUUUACAUACUGUGCUUUGGUCUCAGGUCUGCAACUCUGUCAUGGCUGCCUUGAGUUUUUGGAGUUUUCCAUCAGCUCGUAAGAACUGUGGUUGGUUAUACCAAUAUAUUUUUGCUUUUCCUGCUCAGUUGGAUCUAAGCAAAUCAUCUCAUAUUUCCUUUAAAUUACAGUCUUCCAAGAGGUUUUAGCCCUAUAAGAAUAGCCCACUGGAGGUCAUGACUGGUGUAGCACCUAGUUGAAAAGCUCUUAUCUGGGUUAUCAUAGGAUUCCAUUCCAGGGGAUUGAAGUCUAAACAGUUUGGAGUUUAAUAGUAAUUCCACUGUAUUGGUAAAGUAGUUAAGAGAACAAGUAAGAGAAAAUGCCCCACUCCUUAAGAUCUCUGCCGUAAACAGUUACUACAGUGAAAACAAGAAAACACACCGUUACCUGUGUCCAAAUUCUCUUCCAUCAUUUCUGGUUUCACACCUCCUUUCCCAAAGUAGGGCAUCUGGUUUUGCUGUUAACCACUGGGAACAAGAGGUUUAACAUGUGCUGACUUGGAAAUAACUUGCUUUUGGGGCUGGCUGCACAGUGUUAGUGUGGUCAUGUUUGGAAAAUAUCGUGAGGUAGGCACUGUGGGAGCAUCUGUGUGAUAGGCAGCUUGUUGGGUUUUCUCCUGUGCAAGAUGAAUUUGUACCAGGAGGCUGGCCACCAGAGCACUUCAAAUGGUUCUCUACAAAUGAAAAGUUUAUCAUAGGUGUGAUGUGGCCAGCUUCAUUUCCUCAAGUAGGCAACACUGCUUAUUAUGUUACCUUGUCCCUACUAAAGGUGGAUCAGCCAAAUUGGUUUCCACAAAGGACUUCUGUCUACUAGCCAGCAAUGUUUUCUUUUUUUUUUUUGGUUAAAGUUCACCUCAUAAACAAUCUGAACAUGUUAGUAGAUUGUUUCAGUUACAAAGCCAAGAAGUCUUAAAGCAAGGAAGCUAGUCUGUAAUGGUAAUUUAGAGUAAUCCUCACAUAUUAGGUUUUAGGUGGUUUGGCAGCAAGUGCUAAAAAUUAAGUUGUUCCUCGUACAUUUAGGACUUUUUGCUCCAUAUCACAGUAUAUAAGUGUGCGUGCCUGGUUGUCUGUCGCCUGCUGUUUUGUUUUCCCUUGUGAUCUGCAUCAUAUGAGACUGCACACCAAUAUUUCAUAGUACAGUGGAGUGUAAACAGCUGUUAAUUGGCUUAGUUAAAAUGAUACACAUGAACACCGAUUUUUACAUUUUCCUACCAGAUGCUUCAAAACUACUUUGGGCUGUUAAAUUUUGGCAGCUACCUUCAUUCCAGAACCAAAUAUUGAUGUGUAUUAUAAUUGAAUGAAAUUUGAAUCUGAGUUGAUAAAGUUUAAAUAAAAAAGAGCCCGUUUAUAUAUAGAUAUAUAUACGUAUAUAUAGCGUGUUUGUGUGUGUGUGUGUGCGUGUGUGUAUGUACACAUCUUUGUGCAUCUUCACUUCUUUUUUACCUUUUCCUUCAAGUAGCUCAUAAACAUUGCAUGCUGCUGCUGGUCAGCUGGGAAAAGCAAAAUUCUGGUACUGUUUUUUUCAACCACACAGUUUUACAAAACUUUAGAUCUGUAUCUCAAUAUGAAAUUUGUAGCUAAAACACUAUCUCUGUUUUGGUACAGGAUACUGUGCCAAUAGGAAACAUCAUUGAUAUCACUCGUAUUUCAGAUACACCGAUGAGUGCCUGCAGAGAUUCCUUUUAAUGAUCAGGCUGGGCAUCAGGUUUUGACUUGAAUUGCUUCCUUAAAAUAUGCUCUCUCUAUGCUAGGGAUAAGUACUUUAUAAGAAUGAUGGGGAAAAAUGAUAAAACACGUUCCUGUUGGAAGGACAUAAUGGAGUACCUGCAAAAUUUCACUUCACUAAGCUAUCACAGUGAGCAGAAGGCAGAUGUAUUUUUUAAUAGUAAAACGCUGCAAUAUUUCAUGGUUGCUAUCAUUCCAUUUUGGAUUUCUUCAUAGUCUUUUUUAAUGAAAAGCAUGUUUUAUUCUUGCUUUGAGUUGUAAGAUUAUUCUGGAAAGGUUUGCAUUGAAACUUAGCAUUGAACUUCCUUUCUAUAAAUAAGAACUAAUCAAGUGUGGAUUUGUCAGAGCAUAGGUAGAUGGUGUGGGAAUACCACUUUGCCUCAGCUUUUUAGUGGCCUCUUCCUGUGUGUGUAAAACUACUACCUUCUGUCUUGUGGAAACAGCCUUGAGUUGGAUAAAGCAUUUGUUACAGACUUGACCUUUCCUUCAGAAGAACCAAAGAACUUCACAAAGAAAAUUCAUGUUAUAUACAGAGCAGCGGAAUCAGGUCAUUCUGGCUAGCAGCUGUUACUGCCAAAGCCCGUGAACCUUCCUAUACCGCACUCAUCUUAAGGUAUUUGGGGAGCACAGCCAGUAAUCUUGUUCUUUUUAUGGCAAACUUGGCACACCCAGAAAACCACAACAUUUUUGUAUAGAAAUCAUUUUUAUUAUUGUUCUUUACAUAAGACAGACAAAUGUGGUGUAGUGUGGUCUCUGAAUAUAGGUAUGGAGAGAAUCAGACAUCUCCAGACCCAGAAGUAAUGCACUGAAAAUGUUUAAUUUUAUUAAAUGUCUAGAUUAGUAAACCACUUAUUUCAUUGUGAGGCUGAUGUCAUAUCUUAAACUAUUUUCUUGAUGAAGUGCUUUCAAAAACAUUUAUUAUGGUGUCCAUAUUUCUGUGACUUCAUUUUUUUCUCCGAGACUGUUAUAAGGUUUCUUGAAUUACACAUUGUGAAAAUAUCUAUAGAGAUUGUUUAUUGAUAAGAAAACUUCUGCAGAGCAAGCAGGGUGUGUUGGCACGUCUGUGUUCAGAGAGAGUAAGCAGGUUAUGUCCAGACAGAACCAAUGCUGUUUCCAAAGAUUUGAAAAAGUAUUAAUGUACUUAACAUUUAAGAGUUCAAAUAGUACAUCUUACUUCUAUUAAAAUGUUUUAUAAGACUUCAGAGCGUUGUUAAAAUCUAUCCAGCAAAUAUAAUAUACUUCAAGGGCUAUUAUCUAGAAAUAAUAUUAAAGUAUUUAAUUCUUUAUGCUGCUGUUUAAUUGUGCAACUGUUGGGGUUUUUUAAUUUAUUUUUCUUUUUCUUUUUCUGAUCCAGCUACAAGACCUCAGCAGUCUAAACAAUUACUCUCUGCAACUACUUUGUAAUAUGCAAUAUCUACAUCAAAUUUUUCUGAAGUACAGCUUAGUAGGUGUCGUGAAAAAGAUUUGUGCUGCUAACAGUUGAUUCAUUCCUGGGGGAAGCUGGCUUGAUAAAAGCAUUUGCAUGCAUAAGUUACAGUAGUGAUGCACAGCAAUGAUCAGACACCAAAGAAAUUAAAUCUGGACUGAAGUUAGAACAGAGGUCAAAAAAUGGUGACAUGCAGCAGAGUAUCAUCAUGUAGCAAACAACUAAGCAAAAAAGAACUGCAGGGAUGAACUGUAAACUCAUGCUGUAUUUGAAUAUCUUGCAUUAGGGUGUUUCAUUAGUGAUUCUGUGUUAUUUUCCAUUCUCCAAGACUCUCCCUUUAAAAUGCAAUGUGGCUUAAACAGCAUACAUAAUUCCUUGUAUUUUAUGAUACACUAACUGUCAGAUAUAGUGUUAUAAUUGAAAUAAAUUUUCAAAUAUACAGUUUUAUUCUUUGUGAAACCUUGUGUUUUCUGGUAAAAAAAAAAAUCAAACUCACUUUUCCUUUGGCUACAGGACUUUAUUAUCAUUUUAACAGUUCUGUUUUACAUAAUAAAUAAGCAAAAAUGCUUUACAUUUUUAGGGAAUACAUAUAUAAUUCUGAGCAUUAAUAGGUUGUUUGUUUUGCGUGCUUUUUCACCUACGUUUGCCAAAUAGCUCAUAUCUGCAUCAUAUAUGAAAAAAAAAAAAAAAAAAAGCAAAAUCUAAUGUUCAGGAAAAAAUGAAAUUAAAUUUUCUCUGAGUCGCUUUUGAAGUAUGACUGAAAUGUUGAAAAAAAUGCUUGGUGUUGUGUUUUGUGAUUUCUAGAGAAAUGCUAAUAUCUGGCAGGUAUCCCAUUCAUAAAGAUAGCAUUUCCACUUUAUCUCAGUGAUCUAUUAGCAGAUUUUACACCUAUAGUCCACUGUGCUUAAUUUCAUUCAAUUACUUAAAUGCCCUUUUGAAAUUACAUGGUUGUAACCUGGAGAGAAGUCUGUUCCCUUACCACCUUGUUUACAUUGAACUUUUUCUAUUAAUAGGAUAAAAACUUUUGAGACAUCAAUAUGGGAUUAACAUUUCCAACUUUAUAUUUUGGUAAAUUACCCUUCUCACUCUCUUUUUCAUUCUGCAUAGACUUUACUUGCUAGGCCUGACCUCCCCCAAGAUUUUAAAUCCCAUCAAGUUGCAUGAUAAAGGUAUCUAUGAUAAAGAUAUCUGUACUGGCUCGAAUAAGUAUGAUGGAGAGAACUUAAGUUAUUUUUCAUAACAUAAUGCAAUUCACACUCCACUUACAUGACAUAAUUUUUUCCAAUUAUUAGAAAAUUUGCCACUGUCGAUGGCUGUACCACAUUCUACAGUAAUAGCAUACUAUAAACAUCUGUAGUUUAACUGACUAAAAGUCGAUGUCUGAACUUGUAUUUUUCUCUCAGUAUAAUGUACUCACAUUCCAGAUGUGAAUAUGCAAUUGCUAUUUCUAUUUUAGAAUGGCAGGAAAAAUGUUUCACACAUUUGCUUUUAUAAUCACAGAUCUUUUCUAAAACCUACUCUGUAUUAUCAUAUGUGAAUGCAUAAUUGAUUCAUUAUUUUCUAGCGGGGAAAAUUUGUGUAUUUGAAUGUCAUAUACUGCAAAACAUCUGUGGGAGAGUGAUGGAACACCUCCUCUACUCAGGCUUGUUGAAUAAAGCCUGGAAGUGUGAAUAACAAGCUAGAGGCUGGAAAAUAUUUUGUGGUAUUUUACUGAAAAAUAGUAAUGGUGUUUUUUAACCAAAGCCUAAUUUGUACAUUCCUGAAAACAUGUUUUUAUUAUGAGAAUAACAUAUAAGAACAGAAAAAUACACCAGAUUGACUUCAUGUGCAGCAAUGCGCUAAUGAGGUAUGUAUGGAGAGACAUGUAGUAUGAAAGAGAUGUGCAUCAGGUUUCUUUUUAAUGAUGCAAACAAUGUCAGUUACUCCUUAAUAGGGUAUGGUUUUAAUUUAAGAAAAUUAACAUACAAGUCGUAGCAUAACUGUAUCUUCUAAGAAGUUGGGUGCGUUUGUGAGGAACUCUGGCUGGGAAAGCUAUUAAAUAAAGCCACUAUAAAACCAGCUUGAGUCUCAUCAAUUAAUGAAAUCAGAAUGAUAAUAAUACUGACUCACAACAUUUCUGGAGAAAUUCUUCUCUAGCUUUAGAAAAACCAAGUAGUACAAUUAAAGUGAAUAUGUUGGUUUGGUUUUGCUAUUUUUUUAUUCUUGCUAAAAAGUCGCUAUUCUCAUAGUGACUGGUUAGGUAUUUUUGCUUAUAUUUGUCAUGAAAUGUAUCUUUUUUUAGCAAAUUAAGUCAGACAGCUGUGAAUUUCGAAAGUGAAUACUGAUUUAGCUUCAUAAUAAAGCUUUCUAUGUUAAACUUUUAAUUGAAAACAAUAAAAAUACUGAAGAUUAUUUUCAAACACGUUAACACUAUUAUUGUUUACUCAUAGCAAUCCAUACGUGCAAGGAGGUGACUGAAUAUUAUUGCUGUACAUACAAGAUGGAGAACGUGUACUUUAAAAAAAUGUGUAUUUCAUUACAUUUUUAUCUGACAAGGUGCAAUCCAUGAGCAAGUAUUUUUCCAUAUUGCACUAGCCAGGUAAGCAUUUUCUGUAGCAAAGGUCUCUUUGGAGAGAGUCUGGUAAGAGAAAAGAAGUUUCUAAAAUGUAAACUAGCUUUGAAUGGGGCUAAGAAAUGUAGCUAAAUAUGGCUGACUCAGUUCUCCAAAAACCUUUAUUGUUAUUUACACCUAUUAUGUAAGGAGCCAUAUGUUGUUUUAUCAAAAGCAGUUGAAGGUUUUGGAAGUGGGUGAACGACAAACUGGACCAGCUUUUCAGGAAAACACACAUAAAAACGUAUGUUUUCUUAUUUCUUGUUUUGCAAACUUUACAAAGAAGGUAAAACAAGGGGGGGAUCCAUUCCUAACAGGCUGGGCAGAAUCUAAAUAUAUACUGUAUGCUUUUUGCUUUCUAGUUUAUUGACACAAAUCGAGAUGUGUGUGAAGGGUUCACUUCAAAGCAAUGAUGUACCUGGCUUUACUUCAAGUGCAAUCUUGUUUCUUGUGGUUGUGCAAUGACUUCUGACUUUUCUUAUUCAGAUUGUCCACUGACAUAAUUUGUGAAGUGCAUGAAUCACGCAAAUAUAAGUCUUACCUUUGUGUUGACGAUGAGAUUUAUGCUUAAGGAAGUGCAGUGUGUUAAAAAACGAACUUUUCAAACUUCAGAAGGUUACUAGUAAGUUUAAAAUAGAGCGUAAAUGUUCAUUAUUCCCUUGACUAUAAAUAAAACAUUUUCUGGUGCUAUUAUUAAAAUGUAUUUUUGAUUAGCUGGUUUGAAAAACUACACAGCAUUCUCCCAGAAUAUUCAGUGGAAUACACUUUUUAGAAGUUUCUUUUUCUUAUUACAUUUUUAUGGGGAAUAAUCUUUAGUUCCUGCUAUGUGAUUUGUCCCAAUUCGCCAUGACAAGACCUGUAACCCUUUAAUAUGUAUCUUUUUAUGUAUUAAUUUGUCAUGAUAUCAUUCCUUGUUAAGUUAAAUGGUGGCAGUAACAAUCUCCAAAUACUGAAAUCUAUCUUAAAUAAAUCAAAAUCAGAUUUGAUUUAUUUUAAAAACUUUUGGAUAAUUAACAAAUAAUCGUGUUCCAAACUGAGUUCUGUUUGGUUUGUAUAACUGUAUUACAGAUACUAAAAAUCACCACUCUUUAAACAAAGUUCAUUUGUCAUGAUAUUUAACAUAUGGGUGGAGAGUUGAUGUAAGGUUUCACACAGUUUCUCAAAAAUACCUAAACUAGAAUGUACAGUUUAUGAUAAUGUUU